AUGAAAACGGUAAUGACUGUAGAUGAAGAAAUCAGUAGGUACAUCAAAUUAGCAUCAGCAAAAUCUGCUGAUGAUUUUCAACAGUUUUGGAUUGAAAAUGGUAAACAACUACCUCGAUUGGCAAAUCUUGUUCGAAGAAUGAACAUUAUACCAGCUACUUCGAUCAGUAGUGAAGCUUUAUUCAGCAUAGCUAGCUUCAUACACAGAAAACAACGUUCUUCGUUAUCUCCUCGUAUUAAAAAACCGACAUUUAAUCGAUAA